UUGGAUAAGGACGACCGUGAAGUGAACACUGUACACGAACAGCUACUUCGUCGUCUCAUCGGAUGGGUUGAGGUGCCAUUCUCGACGGUGUUCUUAUUGUUGUUGUUACAGUUUUUGUCGAUUGGUUGUGGUGAUGAGGAAGAGCAUGCUGUACUACUAUGCUGCUGGCUCCUUUCACUACAAAUACCCAGUUGUUUAGUUCUUGGUGAGUGGUCUUCCCAAAAUACUGUCAAAUCUAAUGUCACUACACAUUUCACACUUAUGCGUUUUUUUUAUAGGAUCUGGUCUGUGUCCGAAGACGCACUAGUCGAGCUAAGGUCAGCGAUUGAACGUGAGAUAAAAUUGUCCUUUGAUGAGGCACGACAAUACGGUAUUCCGCAGUGGAAUCUGAUGGCGUCAAGGUGA